CCUCCCGGGUCGGAUCGAGCGCAGCGGCGGAGAAACUCCAAAGUCCAGUCCGAGAGACGGUGGUCGGGCUUCGGCCUCAGGUGCAUCUCUGAGGCGGGGCGACGCGGAGGUCCAGGUGUUGUGGAGCCAUGGACUGUAACUGCGUCAGCGAUCUGCUUCUCCCCCCUGUGCCCGCCCUUUGGACGCCAGGGUUCGCCUUCCCAGACUGGGCGUACAAGCCCGAGUCGAGCCCCGGCUCCAGGCAGAUCCAGCUGUGGCACUUCAUCCUGGAGCUGCUGCAGAAGGAGGAGUACCAGGGCGUGAUCGCCUGGCAGGGGGACUACGGCGAGUUCGUCAUCAAGGACCCGGACGAGGUGGCCCGGCUGUGGGGGAUCAGGAAAUGCAAACCCCACAUGAACUACGACAAGCUGAGCAGAGCACUGAGGUAUUACUACAACAAGCGUAUUUUGCACAAAACCAAAGGCAAGCGUUUCACCUACAAGUUUAACUUCAGUAAGGUGGUGUUGGUGAACUAUCCCAUCCUGGACAUGGCCAACUCUCCCUUCUUUCUGGCACAGAACCACUUCAACGGGGGCACCACCACACCAGACUGCAGCCCGGAGGCCAUACAGUCCCUGUUUCCUCGCUUGCCAGACACCGGCAGAGGAGCAUCCCUCUUUGAUCGAGGGACCGCGGCACCGGCACCCGAAGGAGACAAACUGAGACUGGACACUUUCCCUUUCCUCAGUUCAGGUGCUCCGUGCUACUCCAAGCCCCCGUCCCUGCUGGGCCCGUACCCUCGCAGCCCACCCUUUGACUACCCCUGGGGCUUCAACCCCUACCUCCCAGGGGCCUUCUCUCUCAAUAACUGCCCCAAACUACCCCCCGGCUCCCUCUACCCCUCCCAGUUUUACCCCAACCCUUUGCAGAGCAGCCUCUCCCAGCUGCCUCACCCCUUCUCCUCUCUCCUCCCCCCAGGGGAGGCCGGCGGAGGUGAGAGGGGGGCGGCGGGGCAAACCGGCGGGACGAACGGCACGGCGGGUGGUCAGCCGGCCCGGAUCUGCCUGCCGCCCUACCAGGGCAGCCUGUCACUGGGCCGGACAGACAUUGGCAACGGGGCGACAAUCGGGGAGCGGGAGCGGGCGGAGGCCAACCCUCCGGGCACGGGGCUCAGCCUCAGCCUGGGGGCGGUCAGCCUGGGAGCCGGGACCGGGACGGGCCAGCAGAGCCCCACGGAGAGGAGAGGGGGAGUGAAGCAGGACCCCGAGUCAGACUCAGACCUGGAGAUAACCGACCUGAGCGACUGCAGCUCAGAGAACGAAAACGACCACGAGUUCGGCACAGGGAAGGAGUCCGGCCUGGCGAGCCGGCCGCAGCUCCUGCUGGACGGGAAGAAAGGGAGCGUGCUGCCCCCCAUCACCUCCCUCCCCCCUCCAGUGUCCCCUCACCCUCUGAAGAGCCUGAUGCCCAUCACCCCUCCUCCCCCGUCCUUGCCACCGUCGCUCUCCCCGUCCAUGGCUCUGCACGAAAGACACAGGGAGGCAGAGACUCUCAAAAUGAUCCACAGCUAAGACAUUUUCUGAUGCGUCCACCAUCUUUGCCAGUCUACGCUCUGAUAACUCUCUUCUUCUCUCCAAAGUCUCUCCUCUAAGUGAUCAAUCCUUCUUUUUUUACAGGAAAAGCAGUUAAGUUUUUCACUUCUGAAACUACAGUUUCACUGUUUGCUGUGUAAGUUUUCCACUUGCCAACAGCCCAUUACAGCACCGACUUGUCCAUCUCAGGAUACACAGGGUGUGGAGUUUUUAAGGCUGUCGGCCGUCCGCAUCACCAUCUUGUCCUUUCUCUUCUGAUCCCUCACACCGAAUGUUCGCUCCAUGGUUUGUAGACUUGUUUUACGGUGUUCCUACGAUUUGCCGUCUGCAGCUGAGCGAUGAAAGAAGGCAGCGAGGUGGUAAAUUACAACACAGCCACGCCGGCCUUGACAAACAUUAACAAACAACAUCCCUAUACUAACAGAACAGAGCAACAAAUAUUGCUCAGAUCGAUCCAAUUUUACAGAUUUGUCCUGUAAUUCUUGAGAUUUGGACUACAUAAAAAAAAAAAUCAAGCCUUUGGAGAUGUAGUCAAAUACUGCCAUCUAGUGGUU